AUGUCUUGGCGAUUAGCAUUUCAUACGACGAAAUUAUUAUUUUCGUAUCUUAUCCCUUAUAAAAUGAAAGUAUUUCGUGAUGCCAUUUUUGAUGGAAAUAUACCUGUAAUACGACAACUAGCUGCGGAACGACCAAGACUAUUACAACAAGCAAUUGAUGCUGAUGGCAAUACUGCUAUAGGUUUAGCAUGUCUAUUGGGUGACGUUGACAUUGUCAAAACUUUACUUGAACUUGGCAGUAAUCCAAAUGUAGCAAAUGGAUUUGAUGGUAAUCAUCCACUUGUAAUUUUGGCUAAAUUACGUGUUGAAGAAAAUUCUAAAACAGGCGUAUUAGCUGACCUCUUACUUGAUGCUGGAGCAGAUCCAUUACAUGACGUACAUUAUCAAGCUGAUACUGCUAAACGUCUUGAUGCAACACAAACACCAUCGUAUAAUGAAACACCACUACUCUGUUCUGUUCGUUUUCAAAAUGAAGAGUUACUGAAAAAAUUUAUCGAACAUCAUACUGAUAUCAAUACACUGAAUCCAGAAACCGGUACAAGUGCAUUAAUGUUAGCUUCUGCACUUGGCUAUCAAAACAUAUGUAAUAUGUUAAUUGAUGCUGGUGCUCAUAUCAAUGCCAAAGAUUAUUCAGGUAAUACACCAUUACAUCUAGCAGCACAAGGUUAUGGUGUACAAAUACCUAUUAUUGAAACCUUACUUGCUCGUGGUGGUGAUCCAAAUGCAACUAAUGAGGAGGGUUUUACACCAGCUGUAGUUGCUAGACGAAUGGAAAAUGAUGCAUGUUAUAAACUACUGAAUUCACGAACAGACCAAACAAUAGAACCACCAUCAUAUAAUGAAUUCGAAGCUGAUACGGAAGGACCUAAAGCUGAAACUGUUUUUACUUUUACAUAA